CUUCACUUCUCAAGCAUUUUCACCCAUGUUUUAUGGUUCGGUUCUGCACAAACAAAUGGUCGUGUAGUAGCAUUCUUGAUUAUGACCCCAUCAUCAAAAUCUUGAAUUUUUUUAUGGAAAUUCUCAAAAUCUUGAAUUAGCAAAACCCUCCACCUUUUCAAGAACUUGUAGUAAUCAUAUCUACUGUAUUCAUUAUAUUCCCACCAAUUCGUAAAUUUCAGUGCAAAAAGAUUCAAUUUUUGGCUAAGCAAUCAUGGCUGCAAGAGUCUUUCCACUUCUUCUAUUUCUAACUACUUCAUAUGCUUUCACACCCCAAGACAAUUUUCUCAUCAGCUGUGGAUCCGAUUCCACUACAGAGAUGGUUUACAACAGACACUUUGUUGGGGAUUCUUCACACAAGGGUUCAACUUAUCUGUCGGAAGGUACUUCAUCUUCUCUCACAAACCCAAAUUCAUCUUCCAAUUCAACUGUUAUUUACACCACAGCUCGAGUUUUCACUUCUUCCUCGACCUACACUUUUGAUAUCAAGAAUCUUGGCACUCAUUUAGUUCGUCUGCAUUUCUCUCCCUUCACCUCUCUGAAUUAUGAUCUCAAAAAUGGGAAAUUUAGUGUUUCCUCAAAUGGGGUUUCUCUUUUAACUAGCUUUAGUGCUAAUGCUACUGUUGUGAAAGAGUUCUUUGUCAUGGUGGAUAGAGAUGAGCUUGAGAUUGUGUUCACACCUGAUUCCAAUUUUGCAUUUGUGAGUGCAAUUGAGGUUUUCUCAGCACCCAGAGAUUUCUUCAUUGAUGCUGGUGGGAUAGCCUUGAUUAGCCCUGGGGAGAUUAGUGAGUUUAAGCAGAAUGUUUCAAGCCAAGUUUUGGAGACUGUUCAUAGAGUUAAUGUUGGGGGUUUGUUGAUAACACCUUUCAAUGACACUCUUUGGAGGAGUUGGAUUCCUGAUGAGGAUUUUCUUGUGAUCAAAUCUGCUGCUAAGGUUGCUAGGACUAGUGAUCCUCCGAACUACCAGCAGGGCGGGGCAACGAGGGAGGUUGCCCCCGACAAUGUGUACAUGACUGCACAGCAGAUGAAUGUGUAUAACGGGAGUUUGAUUAACCAUUUCAACAUCACAUGGGAUUUCCCGGUUGGCUCGGAGGGUGCUAUGCAUUUGGUCCGUCUCCAUUUCUGUGAUAUCGUGAGCGUUGCCCUCAACACGCUGUACUUCAACAUAUAUAUAAAUGGUGUUACUUCAUACAAGGAUGUGGAUCUCUCUGUGCUUUCACUUCACAGGCUUGCAUCUCCUUAUUACAUUGACUUUGUGGUGAAGAAUAUGAGGGGCUCUGGUGUUGUUUCGGUCAGUGUUGGCCCCUCGGACUUGAACAUCGCGAUGAAAAAGAAUGCUAUUCUCAAUGGGGUGGAGAUUAUGAGAAUGGUGAACUAUGUGGCUCCAUCUCCCCUGAGGUCCAAGAAGGAUGGCAAGUGGAUCGUGUUAGGUUGUGUCGUUGGUGGAGUUUUCAUGCUGAUUUUGGCAGUUGUGAUGGUUUUAGCCAUACUGGGAUGCAGGAGGAGGAAGCCCAAGCCAAAGACGAAGCGUGCAGAGAGCGCAGGCUGGACUUCUCUGCGUGUGUUUGGUGGUGGCAGCUCCCAUGCCACGAUAUCUCAGGGCACGGUCCUUGCCACUCCCAGCCCCUAUGGCCUCUAUGAUUUGAAGAUCCUAUUUGCUGAUCUACAGCUUGCUACCGAUAAUUUUGACAAGAGUUUGGUAGUUGGCUCGGGUGGUUUUGGCACCGUGUACAAAGGUGUACUCAAAGACAGCGUAAAAGUUGCUGUGAAACGAGGCGUGCCUGGCUCAAGGCAGGGGCUCCCGGAGUUUCACACUGAGAUCACUGUACUAUCCAAGAUUCGCCACCGCCAUCUUGUCUCACUUGUUGGCUACUGUGAGGAGCAAUCCGAGAUGAUACUUGUCUACGAGUACAUGGAGAAGGGGCCGUUGAGAAACCAUCUCUAUGGUAGCGACGCACCACCUUUGUCUUGGAAGCAACGCCUUGAGAUAUGCAUCGGGGCAGCCAGAGGGCUUCACUACCUGCACACCGGCUCAGCUCAAGGCAUCAUCCAUCGCGACAUCAAAUCAACCAACAUCUUACUCGAUGAAAACUGUGUUGCUAAGGUUGCUGAUUUCGGCCUCUCAAAGUCCGGGCCGUGCCUAGACGAGACUCAUGUCAGCACUGGCGUGAAAGGCAGCUUCGGCUACUUGGAUCCUGAAUAUUUCAGGAGACAGCAGCUCACUGACAAGUCAGACGUCUACUCAUUUGGGGUCGUGCUCUUUGAGGUUCUCUGUGCUCGGCCUGCAGUCGAUCCAUUGCUGAACCGCGAGCAAGUGAACUUAGCUGAAUGGGCGAUGGAAUGGCACAAGAAAGGAAUGAUCAACGAGAUCAUAGAUCCUCACCUCAGUGGUCAGAUCAAGCCAAGUGCCCUCAAGAAAUUUGGGGAGACUGCUGAGAAGUGUUUGGCUGAAUAUGGCGUGGAUAGGCCGACCAUGGGCGACGUGCUGUGGAAUUUGGAGUAUGCGUAUCAGCUACAGACUAACGAUAGGCCAAGGGAAGAAGUGCAACGGGCAACAGAUGGUGAUGGUGGCGAUGGUGAAGCACCUGUUGCUGUUCCAUCGAGGCGUGUAGAUGUUGGUGGGGAUGGUGGCUCGAACAUGUCAACGAGCCGUGUUUUCUCGCAGCUCAUAACCAAUGACGGCCGCUAGAUCACCACAUCAAAUAACAAGAUGCAAGCAUAUAUAUACAAACGAGAAACGAAACGAUGUCUCUCUUCGAAAACGAUCAAACCUACUUCAAGUUCAUUGACAAUAUGGACAUAAGUACGCUUCUGCUUUUUAUCGCUCGUAUUCGACAUGUAUUAUGUGUGAAUCGUUAAUUCGUGAUUAACAUUCUCUACUUUAUUAUACUCAAUAAUAAUGGUUUGCUUAA